CUGUCAAUGAUUUCCAGGACUUGGUGUUUGAACAUGUAGGAAAAUGGAGCUGCUUGUUGUGUUUCUGUUCCUUCUUCAUGCGUCUCGGGAGUCUUUGACUGUAAAGGUGGAGGUUUAUGAGGGAGAACAGUCUGUUGUUCUGCCCUGCCAGUACAGACAAGUAUUAGAAAACAUUCUCACAGUGAAAUGGAGCCGCUAUGACCUCAAUCCCAAUACUGUCCAUCAACAGCAAGAAGGAGACGAUCUACAUUCACAAAAUCAACUUUUCAAAGGACGAACGUCAAUGACACCUUUAGAUUCUGGCGACUUCAACCUCACUUUGAAAAAACCCAAACUUUCUGACAGCGGGAACUAUACCUGCAGUAUCACUGAUGAUGAAGGAGAAAAAAAGCUAUCAGACGUUCAGCUCCAGGUCAAAGCCUCUAAAGAUGCUUUGACCGUAAAAGUGGAGGUUCAGUGGUCCCAAUUUGUUGUGCUUCCCUGUCGGUACGAUCAAAUCCUGGAAGAGAUUGUCACAGUGAAAUGGAGCCGCCAUGAUCUUAAUCCCAACACUGUCCAUCAAAGACGAGAAGGAGACGACCUACGAGGACAAAAUCAGAUUUUCAGUGGACGAACAUCAAUGAGACCCGAUGCUCUGUCCUCUGGUGACUUCAGCCUCACUCUGAAUGAACCCCCAGUGUCUGAUAGUGGGAAUUACACCUGCACCAUCAUUUAUGAAGAAGAAGAAAUUAAGCUGUCAGAAGUUCAGCUGUAUGUCAAAGCAAUUCCAAUUUGGGUUAUAGUUCUGCUGGUUCUGCUGGUUUUGCUGGUUCUCUCUGUUUCUGUGGGCCUUUUUUUUAAGUUUCGACAAUAUUUUAUGUCAGAGAUUUCUACUCGGGCCAGAAUUCUCCUGGUUCUCCUGGUUUUGCUGGUUCUUGUUCUUGUUUCUGGGGCCCUUUUAUUCUUUUUCCAACAUAAAUUUAAGUCAGAAAUUCCAACUUUGGCGUUGGGUGUCCUGUUUCUGCUGUUGUUUUUCACUAUCAAUGUGAGCGUGUUGUUCCAUUUUCGACAACGAUACAUAUCAAAAAUUUCAUUUUGGACCAGAAUUCUCCUGAUUGUGCGGGCUUUCCUGGUUCUGCUGGGUCCUGCUGUUUCUGUGGGCUGGUUUUUUAAUUUUAUGCCAGGAAUAUAUUUAACAUUUUUAGGAAUUGCUGUUGUUGUGCUGGCUGUUCUUGCUAUUUCUGCUGAAAUUGUAUUUCAUUUCAAAGACUAUUUGCUGCCAGAAAUUUCAACUUGGAUCAGAAUGCUCAUGGAGUUGUUGUUUUUCCUGGUUCUGCUUUCCUUUCAUGCAAAUAUGUUUUCUGGCAUCCAAGGCUACUCAAAAUCAGAAAUAUUUUCAACUUGGUAUGGAAUUGUCAUGGUCCUCCAUAUUCAGGUGUUUCUUGUCUCUGAGACUGGUGACCUGUAUUUUCAUUUUCGAGACAGUUUGCUGUCAGAUAUGUCAGAUAAGUUGAGAAUUUUCCUGGAUUUGUUGUCUAUGCUGGUUUUGUUUUCCGUGUAUGGAGGACUCUUAUUUUAUUUCCGAGACAAUCUGAUGUCAGAUAUUCCAACUUGGGCCAGAAUUUUCCUGGUUCUGUGGAGUCUCCUGGUUCUCAGUGUCCAUGUGGGUCUUUUACUCUUUUUUCGGCAAAAUUUUAUGUUAGUUUACAGGGUGGAGGUGGAUUCAGGAGUGGAGACUGUUCUGUUGCCAUUUAAAACUUCACUCCGUCUACCUAAAGAAGUCCAGGUAACAUGGACAAAUAACGCUGACAGAAUCAUCCUCAAGGCUCAGGGGAGCUCAUGUGGCUUGCUAUCGCUGGAAGAACAACACUGGCAGUAUGCAGACAGAACAGAGAUGGACAAAACAUUUACAUCAGGAGACAUCAGUUUGAGAUUGAAGAAUCCCACAGACAGAGACACAGACACCUACACCUGCACCGUCUCUAAGAAAUCAGGAAAAAUCCUGGUCAAGAAAAAAGUUCUGCUCAACGUCAAAGCUGGACCCGACUCUCUCAUCAUAGCCAUAGACUUUGGUUCAGGAUUCAGUGGCUACGCCUUCAAUGUUAAACCCAGAGAGGAAGGAGGUGAAACCCAGAUAAAGAGAUGGAGUAACGGACUUGGACUAGACACCCCAAAGACUCCAACCUGCAUCCUGUUUGAUGAACAUAAAGAAUUUAUGAAGUUUGGUUAUGAAGCUAAAACAGAAUUUAAUAAUAUGAGAGGAGAAGAAACUGAGAAACAUUAUUUCUUUGAAAACUUCAAUAUCACUGUCCGGGGCAAAGACACCAGCAAGCAGACAAUUAAAGCAGCAAAUGACAAGUCAAUGUCGAUCCAGAAGGUUUUUACUGAAGUUCUGAGAUUCCUGAAGGACGAUGCUCUGAAAACCAUCAGAUCUCAUCCAGAAGGUGGAGAGUUCACAGCUGAGGACUUCACCUGGGUUCUGACUGUUCCUGAUACCAUGGAUCCAUCAACUAAACAGUUCAUUAUUGACGCUGCAACUCAGGCUGGUCUGGUAACAGACGACACUAAAGACAAACUGAUGUUUGUUUUGGAGUCAGAAGCAGCUUUGACCUGGUGUUUGAACCUUCAACCUGAUGGUUUCAUCAAACAGAACCACAGCAGAGACUCACAGGAUCAACCAGCAGAACCUGAUACCAGCUGUAACGAUCCACCAGGAAGUCAGGAGGUUGUAAAGUUUAUGACCAAACCAGAAGAAACUGUAGUUCUGCUGGAGACCCAAAGAGACGGGAAACAGUAUCUUGUUGUCGACUGUGGAGAUGAAAACAUUUACUUUACUACUCAUGAAGUCCUGGAAGGAGGAGCCAUGAAGACACUGAAUGAGGCCCUUAAAGUCAAUCUGGGCAUAAAACAUGUGGAAGGAAAAUUCAAACAGUUCCUGAGAGAAAUCUUCUCUGAUGGAAACUGGAAUGAAUAUGAACAAAACUUCCCCACUGAGGUCCAGAAGAUGAUGUUUGAUUUUACUCGUCUCCAACAGCUGGAUGAAGAUGUUCAGAUCAGUUGCCCGGAUAACCUGGUCAUGUUGGCUCAGAAAAACAAAGAGAUUGAAACGUUCUUUGAUUCAGUGGAAGGAUCUUCCUGGAAUAAUGGAUCCAUCAGAAUCUCCAGAGAGAAAUUGAAAUCUUUCUAUGAUGAGAGUCUGCAGGGAAUCACUGAGAGUCUCAGAGAAAUAUUAAAGAAAAAUCUCAACAUUGGGUAUAUUGUGUUAGUGGGAGGUUUGACUGAGAGCCAGAUUCUCCGUCAGCACAUCACUGAUCAAUUUGGACCUCAGUAUAAAGUCCUGUGUCCUCUGAGACCCCAGGAAGUGAUUCUGAAAGGAGCCGUAGAGUUGGGGAGAAACCCAAAGCUGGUGGAGUCUCAGAGAAAAUAUCCAGCUUGGUUCAAAUGUUUGUCAUGAGAUUUAAUUUUCCCUUAUUUGUUCUGAAUAUUCCAGGCAAUGUGUAUAGUUUGUUUUCUAUUUGUUUGUUUUACUAGUUGAAACAACUGUAAAACUUUUUCCGUGGUUUAUCUUUUGCCAUUUAGAACCAGAAACCAAUAAAUCAGUUUUACACUCUUGAAUUUGUAAAGUGAAUUAAAAAUAAAAGUUAUUUUUUAUAUAACCUGGUUUUCC